AUGCAUCACCUAAUCGGCAUUCCUCACGCGAAGCCAGGUAUACGGAUUGAGUUUACCACUUCACAACCAGCAUUCAUCCUGUCCAAAUUCUCCAGACGCUUGCGUCUAAUCGCUUCAAGCAUUUGGCCCUCGAACACUACCCUUUCUCUCCUCCUACUCUCUCCUCUUCAGCUAGUCAUUCUCUUGCUAGCCAGCGUUGCUCAGCCAUUUCGGCAUGGAGGUGGUCUCGUUGAAGGAUCAGGUCGUUUCUUGGAACGACCCUGUCCUGCAAGUGCAUUGGCAGCAGACGGCCUGCGACAAGAGAUUGACUUGGAAGCAGAGGAUUUCGUGGUGAAAUUAUCACAUGCCAGCUUCUAG